AAAAACAUACAAAUCUCUAACCUUAAAAUUAUUUUCCCUUUGAUAAAACAUCUCUCUAGAGACAGACCCUCUCUUUUUUUUUUUUCUUUUUUUUUUGUUUUAUUCUCACGAUUACUGCAAAAUCGCCUCAUCGUCUUCCUUUGAAAAUCUCGACGCCGUAACUUCACCGUCCGGCACCUCUUAGCCACCACUACCACCACCACCACCACCACCGAAACCAUACCUCGAAUCCGAAUCUUUGUUUCUUAAACCGAAUCACGAAACACUUCUUCUUUUAAAUAAAAUCUUUUUUAUCGUUUCAAAUAAAAAUUUUAACGCCGGCAAUUAAUUUAACCGGCGAUUUUGAAAGGUGCGCACGAUUAUUAACCUGCGCACUUUUUUGAUAAAACUUUUCACCUAAAUUAGCAAAAACUUGAAUCACUCGUCUCUCUCGCUCUCUCUCUUUUUCUGUGUCACGUUUAAAGGCCUACUGGAGGAUUCUAGGGGACUGAUAAAGAAGCUACCUGCUGCACAGUUUUUUGCGGAAAGCUCUUUUUAUAUUAAGAGGUUGGAGGUAAUUCUUUUUCUUUUGCAGAAAUUCCAUGUAAGAGGAUGGCAUUUUUCAGGAACUAUUCAAACCAAACAGUAUCACACAGCGUACUGGAAGAUAAAGGUCAGGGACACCGAAUUGGUAGAAUGGUGGGUAGUGAAGAUAUAGAAGUGAUUGCCAGUGAAAGAGAAUUUGACAUGAAUGUUGAUGCACAAUAUGAAAGCGAAGGGGAAGAUGCUGGCAGGACGGAAGGUGAUGCUGCUCCUGACAAUGGAGGAGUAAGUGUCAGCAAUUCAUAUUUGCAGCCUCCUGGAAGGAGAAAUGAGGCUGGAAAAUGGGGUUCAAGUUUUUGGAAGGACUGCCAACCCUUGGGUGCGCAAGGAGCCUCUGAUUCUGCACAUGAUUCAAAAUCAGAUUAUAAAAUUGCAGAAGGUUCAGAAGAUAACAUGUCAGAUGGAAGGGAUGGUACAUUAGAAUCAGAAGACGAGGAGGGACAAAAAGACCUUAAUAAGGGCCAAAAAGGGCAGUCAGAUGUCCCUGCAGAUGAAAUGUUGUCCGAUGAAUACUAUGAGCAGGAUGGGGAAGAUCAAAGUGACUCUAUCCAUUAUAGAGGAUUUGGCCAUUCUGCUGGAUUGAAUUCUAGAUUACAUUUGAAACCUGCACCUGUUAAAAAUAAUUUCUCUAGGAGUUCAAGAGCCAUACCUAACCCUGAAGAUGAGGAUGGCGAGAAUAAUGAUGAUGGUGAUGCUGAUUAUGAAGAAGAGGAAGAGGAAGAUGAAGAUGAUCCUGAUGAUGCAGAUUUUGAUCCUGAUUUUGGUGCCGCAAGCAGCCAUGGAAGGCAAAAGGAUAAAGAGUGGGAUGGUGAAGAUUCAGAGGAAGAGAAUGACAUGGAUGAUGAUGAUGUAGAUGUCUCAGAUGAAGAUGAUGCUUAUUACAUAAAAAAGCCCAAGAGUAGGCCACAAGGUAAAGGUGGGCGUAAUGCAAAAUCUGCCGUAGAAAGAAAGUCAAUACCUGCUUCUAGUCGACAAAAGAGAGGAAAGCCAUCACUCGAAGAGGAUGAGUAUUCAGGAGAGGACUCUGAUGGUGAUAGUGAUGAGAAUUUUAAGACCAUGACAAGGCGAGGAUCACAUAUCCGCAAAUCGAAUGCGCGCUCAACUAUAUCAACCAAUAUCAGUGGGAGGAACAGUGAGGUCCGCACCUCUACUAGGUCGGUUCGAAAGGUAUCAUAUGUUGAAAGUGAAGAGAGUGAAGAAAUUGAUGAAGUGAAAAAGAAAAAGUCCCAGAAGGAAGAAAUUGAAGAAGAAGAUGGCGAUUCUAUUGAAAGAGUGCUGUGGCAUCAGCCAAAAGGCAUGGCAGAAGAUGCUCUGAGGAACAAUCAAUCAACAGAGCCUGUGUUGUUGAGUCACUUGUUUGAUUCUGAACCAGAUUGGUAUGAAAUGGAGUUUUUAAUAAAAUGGAAAGGCCAGUCACAUUUGCACUGUCAGUGGAAAUCUUUUACAGAACUACAAAAUCUGAGCGGCUUUAAGAAGGUAUUAAACUACACAAAAAAAGUGAAUGAAGAUAUAAAGUAUCGCAGAAUGCUUACACGUGAGGAGAUUGAGGUCAAUGAUGUGAGUAAGGAAAUGGAUUUGGAUCUAAUCAAGCAAAAUAGUCAGGUGGAGAGAGUUGUUGCUGAUAGAAUCAUUAAAGAUAGCUCAGGAAAUGUUGUGCCAGAAUAUUUAGUCAAGUGGCAAGGAUUAUCUUAUGCUGAAGCAACCUGGGAAAAGGAUUUAGAUAUAGAAUUUGCACAAGAUGCAAUUGAUGAGUUCAAGGCACGCGACGCUGCAAUAGCUGUACAAGGAAAAAUGGUGGAUCUCCAACGCAAGAAAAGCAAAGCGAGUUUAAGGAAGCUUGAUGAACAGCCGGAGUGGCUAAAAGGAGGAAAGCUUCGUGAUUAUCAGCUGGAGGGUUUGAAUUUUCUCGUUAAUAGUUGGAGAAAUGAUACGAAUGUCAUUUUAGCUGAUGAGAUGGGUCUUGGAAAAACAGUUCAGUCAGUUUCUAUGCUUGGCUUUUUACAGAACGCACAGCAAAUCCCAGGACCGUUUCUUGUUGUUGUACCAUUAUCCACUUUGUCUAACUGGGCUAAAGAAUUUAGAAAAUGGCUUCCUGAUAUGAAUAUUAUUGUAUAUGUUGGUACCCGUGCUAGCCGAGAGGUUUGCCAGCAAUAUGAAUUCUAUAAUGAUAAGAAAGUUGGGCGGCCGAUUAAAUUUAAUGCACUAUUGACUACGUAUGAGGUUGUUCUGAAGGAUAAAGCGGUGCUGUCUAAGAUCAGGUGGAAUUAUCUAAUGGUUGACGAGGCUCAUAGGUUAAAAAAUAGUGAGGCACAGUUGUAUACGACUCUCUCGGAAUUUAGCACCAAGAACAAGUUAUUAAUUACUGGAACUCCAUUACAGAACAGUGUGGAAGAACUAUGGGCUUUGCUCCACUUCCUUGAUUCUGAUAAGUUCAAGAGCAAGGAUGACUUUGUGCAAAAUUACAAGAACCUUAGCUCAUUCAAUGAAAUUGAGCUGGCCAAUCUGCAUAUGGAAUUGAGGCCUCACAUUCUCCGAAGAGUUAUCAAGGAUGUAGAGAAAUCCUUGCCUCCAAAGAUUGAGCGUAUUUUGAGGGUUGAGAUGUCCCCACUCCAGAAACAGUACUAUAAAUGGAUUUUGGAACGAAAUUUUCAUGACCUUAACAAAGGUGUUCGUGGAAAUCAGGUUUCACUUCUAAAUAUUGUGGUAGAGUUGAAGAAGUGUUGUAAUCACCCCUUCCUAUUUGAAAGUGCUGACCAUGGUUAUGGUGGGGAUUCUGGUUUCAAUGAUAGCAGCAAGUUGGAGAGAAUUAUCUUGAGCAGUGGAAAGCUGGUUAUUCUUGACAAGUUACUUGUUAGGUUGCAUGAGACAAAACACCGUGUUUUGAUAUUUUCCCAGAUGGUCAGACUGUUGGAUAUACUGGCAGAAUACUUGUCUCUUAGGGGUUUCCAGUUUCAAAGGCUUGAUGGUAGUACAAAGGCUGAGUUGCGUCAGCAGGCUAUGGAUCAUUUCAAUGCACCUGGUAGUGAUGAUUUUUGCUUCCUUCUUUCAACUCGAGCUGGUGGCCUUGGUAUCAAUCUUGCUACAGCCGAUACAGUUAUAAUAUUUGAUUCAGAUUGGAAUCCCCAGAAUGACUUACAGGCAAUGAGUAGAGCUCAUAGGAUUGGGCAACAAGAAGUUGUUAAUAUAUAUAGGUUUGUCACUAGCAAAAGUGUUGAGGAAGAUAUCCUAGAGCGAGCUAAGAAAAAGAUGGUUCUUGACCAUUUGGUGAUCCAAAAAUUGAAUGCAGAGGGCAGACUUGAGAAGAAAGAAGCAAAAAAAGGGAGUUAUUUUGACAAAAAUGAACUUUCUGCAAUUUUAAGGUUCGGAGCAGAGGAGCUAUUUAAAGAGGACAAAAAUGAAGAAGAAAGCAAGAAGAGACUAUUAAGUAUGGAUAUUGAUGAAAUUCUUGAAAGAGCAGAAAAAGUUGAAGAGGAGGAACCUGUAGGAGAGGAAGGGAAGGAAUUGUUGAGUGCUUUUAAGGUUGCCAAUUUCUGUAGCACUGAAGACGAUGGGAGUUUUUGGAGUCGUUGGAUAAAACCAGAAGCUAUAAGCCAAGCUGAAGAUGCAUUAGCUCCACGUUCUGCAAGAAACAACAAGAGUUAUGCUGAGGCUAACCAUUUUGAGGGAAGUAACAAAAGGAAAAAGAAAAGUUCUGAGGUUCUGGAGCCACAGGAGCGAGUGCUGAAGCGUCGCAAAUCUGAUUAUACUGCUCCUUCAGUCCCAAUGAUUGAAGGCGCAUCUGCCCAAGUGAGAGAAUGGUCUCAAGGGAAUCUCUCUAAGAGAGAUGCCUUGCGUUUUUCUCGUGCGGUAAUGAAAUUUGGAAAUGCAAACCAAAUAGACUUAAUAGUUGCAGAGGUUGGCGGGUCACUUGUAGUGGCUCCGCCUGAUGCACAGAUUGAGCUUUUUGAUGCUUUGGUUGAUGGUUGCAAGGAAGCAGUUGAUGCAGAGAGUCUGGACCCAAAGGGUCCUUUGUUGGACUUUUUUGGUGUCCCCGUGAAGGCUAAUGAUCUACUAAACCGCGUUCAAGAACUUCAGCUACUGGCAAAACGAAUUAAUCGUUAUGAAAACCCAAUUGCACAAUUUCGAGUAUUAACAUACCUUAAACCUUCGAACUGGUCCAAGGGCUGCGGUUGGAAUCAGAUUGAUGAUGCAAGAUUGCUUUUGGGAAUACACUAUCAUGGAUUUGGGAAUUGGGAAAAGAUAAGGUUAGAUGAAAAGCUUGGCCUUUCUAAAAAGAUUGCUCCAGUGGAACUACAACACCAUGAGACUUUCCUACCACGGGCUCCAAAUUUGAGGGACCGUGCUAAUGCACUCCUGGAAAUGGAACUUGCACAUGCUGGUGGGAAGAGUACAAAUGCUAAAGUGGGUCGUAAGGCCACCAAGAAGCAGAAGGAAAAUGCUCUCAACAUCUCAGUAUCUCGUGGUAGGGUCAAGAAAGGAAAAACUGGUUCUGCAACGGUCGCUGUUCAAAUGAGCAAGAAUCGACCUCAGAAACCUCAGAAAGCUGAGCAGCUGGUGAAAGAGGAGGGUGAAAUGUCAGACAAUGAAGAAUUGUGUGAGCAGUUUAAGGAAGUCAAAUGGAUGGAAUGGUGUGAAGAUGUCAUGGUUGCUGAAAUUAAAACCCUUAGACGUCUUCAGAAGCUGCAGACUACCAGCGCCGACCUUCCUAAGGAAAAGGUGCUUUCAAAAAUUCGGAACUAUUUGCAGCUUAUUGGACGGAGGAUAGACCAAAUUGUCUUAGAUUAUGAAAGAGAACUUUAUAGACAAGAUAGGACUACUAUGCGAUUAUGGAACUAUGUGUCCACCUUUUCAAAUCUAUCUGGGGAGAGGCUUCACCAGAUAUAUUCCAAACUCAAGCAGGAGCAGGAGGAGGCAGGGGUUGGGCCCUCCCACAUCAAUGGCUCCGCUUCUGGUGGUGAUUCCAGUUAUUUUCCUCUUUCACGCCAUGUUCAAAGAGGGUAUAAAAAUAUGAAUGCCUAUCAAAUGUCAGACCCAAUUCAGAAAGGUCAUGAUAAUGGGAAAUUUGAAGCAUGGAAACGACGGAAAAGAGCUGAAGCAGAUAUGCAAUCUCAAGUUCAGCCUCCCUUGCAAAGACCAAUGAGUAAUGGUGCUCGUGUAACUGAUCCUAAUUCAUUAGGUAUUCUUGGGGCUGCACCAUCUGAUAAUAGUCGUUUUUUCCGGAUGCAUCAAACUGGUUUUCCUCCGAAACAGAAUUUCCCGUCAGGUAUAAAGUAGUCAUAGUAUUUAAUGAAGGAGAGCAGCUGAUUGAAAACUGAUUCCAGUGGCUUUCCCCUUGUCGCUUGACUGAGUCAGCCAUUGGAUAUACUAUGGAAUUCUUUUUCAACAUCAAAAUAAAAGUUUGUGGGUUCCUCUUUGUGUUUAUGUGGCUGAUCAGAAGGUCUCUAUUUGGUGGGGAAUUUGCAUCUCUGUGAAAAGGCGGCUGAGGAGAAGGCCAAACUCAAUUAACAUGAGCAAGAUGAAUGUAUCUUGCAACAAUUUUUUUGUCUGUUAGGAAAUGAGUCCAGUAAUUUGUUUACGUAUAUAGUGAAGAAAUUAGGGAAGAGAAAUAUUAGCAUCUAAUUCAAUUUCAAAUAUACAUACAUGAGCGGGACAAAGUUACAUUUACUCUGCAAUGUGAAAAGUGUACAUUAUCAGUUUUGCAUAGUUAUGAACAUUUCUUUUCUUUUUC